UUACAGAAUGCCAAAGCAAGCUACGACUUCAGCAGUAACGAUCAGUUUCCUUAUCCGCGAUACACGGACGACUGGUUUAACAGCCACGGGACCAGGUGUGCUGGGGAAGUAGCCGCAGCGAGAGACAACGGGAUCUGCGGAGUAGGUGUGGCUUACGAUUCGAAAAUCGCAGGCAUCAGAAUGUUGGACCAGCCGUACAUGACCGACUUGAUAGAGGCGAAUUCCAUGGGGCAUGAGCCAAACAUGAUCGACAUUUACUCCGCAUCUUGGGGUCCUACAGAUGAUGGAAAAACUGUCGACGGGCCGAGAAAUGCUACGAUGAGAGCCAUAGUGAAAGGUGUCAAUGAGGGUCGAAAUGGUUUAGGAAAUAUUUAUGUGUGGGCCAGCGGAGACGGAGGCGAGGAGGACGACUGCAACUGCGACGGCUAUGCAGCAUCCAUGUGGACGAUAUCAAUCAACAGUGCGAUAAACGACGGGCAGAACGCCCAUUACGACGAAAGUUGCUCAUCGACACUGGCAUCCACUUUCAGCAACGGCGCCAAAGAUCCAAAUACAGGAGUGGCCACCACGGACCUUUACGGUAAAUGUACAACAUCUCAUUCCGGGACUUCAGCUGCGGCGCCAGAAGCAGCGGGAGUUUUUGCGCUUGCUCUCGAGGCCAACUCACAGUUAACCUGGAGGGACAUCCAGCACUUGACAGUGCUCACGUCGAAGCGGAAUUCUCUCUUCGACGCGAAAGGAAGGUUUCAUUGGACGAUGAACGGAGUCGGCCUAGAGUUUAACCACCUUUUUGGUUUUGGUGUAUUGGACGCUGGUGCCAUGGUGGCGUUGGCUAAGCAAUGGAAAACCGUCCCUCCGAGGUACCAUUGCGAAGCCGGUUCCAUCAAACGAUUGCAGCAAUUUACCACCAAUAAACCUCUCGUAUUGAAGAUAAAGACAUCGUCAUGUAAAGGGACAGACACUCAGGUGAAUUAUUUGGAGCACGUACAAGCGGUGAUCACUCUCAACGCGACUAGAAGAGGGGAUGUCGAACUGUUCUUGACAUCCCCCAUGGGGACAAGAUCUAUGAUAUUGAGCAGGCGAGUGAAUGACAACGACCAUAGAGACGGAUUCACGAAAUGGCCCUUUAUGACGACGCACACUUGGGGAGAGUAUCCUCAAGGUGUAUGGAAACUUGAGGUAACCCUUAACUCGAAGACACCGCAGGCCGGUUUUAUUAAGGAAUGGACCCUGAUGCUUCAUGGAACUUCAGACGCACCGUACAACGGUCUUCCGGUUUCCGACCCACAUUCAAAGCUGGCAAUCGUCAAGAAAGCCCACGAAGAGAAGAUGCACAAGAAAAUGUAAGAAUUGACGGAUGAAAAUAAUAUUGUCUCAUACAUCUCAUGCUGUUCUGUCAUAAUUUAUUAUAAGUUAAUUUUCAAUCGUUGUUAUUUGAGUUUGUACGUAUCGUUCUUUAACUAUAUUAUUAAGGAACCAAAAAAAUUACAAAACCACAUUUUAGUUUUUUCAUCGCUUAUGAAGGUAGUUAUAAUAUAUUUAUUUUUUUAUUGAUUUCAUAUUAUUAAAAAAUUAUUUUCCUGUUAUGAUCUUAUGAUCAGGAUUUGGUUUAUGAAUUUGAAAAUAUAUUUCAGAGUGGUAGUGUACCUAGCGAGAUAAUGAAGGCAUAUAUUUUUCAAAACGUGCAAAUAGCGUUUCUAAACACUGUGUAGACCAUUGCUACAGAUUUAUAACCUAAUUAAGUCAUAAUAUAUCAUAAUAGAAACCCAAAUUUUAUUCAUAAAAAUAUAUAUUUAGAUUUGAUUUGGGAAUUCCAUAUUGAGUAUGUUUCAAAAGUCUUGUUUUUCCUUCUUCCUUUUUUAGUUAAAUAUGUAUCUAAUGUGGUUGCAAAACUAUUGAGAUUGUUAGUACAAUGUAAGUACAUAUAUAUUUUUCAAAAGAUGAAAUAUAAAUAUUGCUAUAUGCUUUUUUAAUAUAUAAGUAUACCUUU